UGACGUAACAAGAAUGUCAUUUUGGUAUCAACGCGUAUGUAGUAUUUAAUAUUUUUUGCUAAAUUUUUAUUGUAAGAUGCCGAAAUAUUACAGGUUCAGAGCGACGACGCCCACUCGGAAGCCAAAACGAUGCAGAGACAAGGAAAAGGAAACGGAAAUACAGAAAAUCAAAAUAGACGCUGAAAGAAAUUGGCUGGAUGUGACACUAGCUUGCACACCAGCGCCCUCCUGGUAUCUACGGCGUACCUCAUGGCGGGAGAGUCCGCCAUUAAUGGGUCUUCCACGGGAAUUAGCUGCGGGUCUCCGAGCAUCAGUUCAAUUAAGCAACCGCCCUAUCUUCGUCUUCAAGAUCCCAUCAAGUACACUCCCUCCGGAUAUGAAUGUUCUCUAAGAUUUCAGAAUUCGAAUUCAAAAUUAUAAGUAUGUCAUUCACCUUAUUACCUUAUAGAAAUGUUAAAGGGUGGUGGUAGUUUGUAAAGGGUUUUAAUGUCCAUCAUGUUUGUAAUUCCGUGCUAAAUAAAAAUAUAUUACUAAA